AUGUUAGGUCGUCGGGACUUCUCGUCAUCAAUUCUCUUGUCUGUUUCCACCUCAGCAAUUCUCUUUUCUGUCUCAACGUCAGGAAUUCUCUUCAGCAGCAUUUCUCUCAGCAGCAGUGCUUCCCUACUGCUACACUACGUCUUUACCUAUUACGUCACACGUGUCCCACAGCUGAGAUCAUUUCGAAGAAGUGGAGGAGAGCGAAUCUUACAGUGCUUUCUCUCUCUCUCUCUAUUUUUGGCACUUCAUUUUAUUCUCUCUCUCUCUCUCUCUCUCUCUCUCUCUCUCUCUCACACACACACAAAAUGCUUAUUUACAUGUACAAAAUAUCCGUUAAGAUUUAACUUCUCUUUCUCUCACUUUCUUGGUGUAUAUGUGUCUUCCUGUGCAGAUGGUUUUUGUUCAUUUUCCCUCUGUUUGUCUCUCUCACUGUUUGUCUUGUAUUUUUCUACUUAUCUACGUCUUUAUCCGUCUAUUAAUCUCUCUCUCGGUACAUAUAUCUUUCUAAGACUAUUCAUCUAUCUAUCUAUCUAUCUAUCUAUCUAUCUAUCUAUCUAUAUAUAUAUAUAUAUAUAUGAUAUAUUUUUUUAUCUCUCUCUCUCUCUCUCUCUCUCUAUCUUAUUGCUAUCUGUCUAUAUAUCCCAGCCUAUUGUUAUCUAUCUAUCUAUCUAUCUAUCUAUCUAUCUAUCUAUCUAUCUAAAUAUCUAUCUAAACAAUUUUUCCGUUUUGUGUUCAGACAUUUUACAGACAUCAUUGGAGGUUGCUAUGCUAAAAAGCUCAAUAAAAACACCCGAUUCGACACCCAACUUCAUUAAUUUAACAGCAAGUAAUCUAUCUAUCUAUCUAUCUAUCUAUCUAUCUGAGUUUGUUAUGGGAUUUAUAAAAUAA